AUGAGAGGAGAUAGAAGAUGGAGUUGGGGAAGCUGUGAUGGUCUUCGAUUUAAUGGUGGUGGCAGACGAAAGGAAGCAAAUGUGAACCAAAUUGAACAAGGUGAAACCAAUAUUGGCGAUGAUGGCGGUCUAGUGAAGCUUGGUCGAGGUUGUUUGGUUGUGGCAGUCGACUGGUGGUGGGUAAAGAAGAGUUCAUCACUCCUUCCCCAAUGUAUGAAUAGAUCAGAGGGGUGUGAAGGUUUCUGGCGGUAUCUAUGUUGGCGACUGGUGGUGGUAGUGGGGUGGGGAGUCGAGCAACCAGAUCUUUGGAAAAAGUGGUGGUGGUUGCGAUCUAGCGAACAAUCCCAGCUUACCAUUGUUUCUCAACAAAUUCUUGCAGAUUUGGACAUCUUCUCUGUUGUUGGAGCUAAUAAAUCGUUACAGUUAGUUGACUUAAGAGUCUCGGUCAAACCUGGUGAGACAAUUGUAAUUAGGUUUGAAGGAAUCACUGGAAGCCCAUUGGUUAGUGGAAUCUGCAUAAGACGAGCUCCUAAGCUCUCUGAUUUUCUAAAUUGUCAGAAUUAUGCUGCUGAUAUAGAAAUCCCUUCAGUUCAGAAGAAAGUCACGCGAAAGAAAUCAGUAGAGAAAUUUGAGUAGAGAAAUAUGAGAAAAGGAUACAAGAGUUGACUAGUCAAUGUUAGAGGAAGACUGAUGAAUGUUAUCAAGCUUGGAUGUCUUUAACUGCAGCAAGCCAGCAACUAAGCAACUAGAAAAGGUCAACAUAUAACUUCGAUGGUGAUGAAUAAGGAUUGAAACCUAAGUGUUUGUGUGAAUGUGUGUGGGAGGUUGAAUUUGCAGGUGUAGAGUGAGGAAUGAGAAGGGGGGAGAGUCAAAGAGAGAUGGAGAGAGAAUGGGAUGGUACGAGUGGAGGGAUGGGUGGGGUAGCUAAUUCUUUUUUUUUAAUUUUUAAUUAAUAAAUUAUUAAAGAAAAUAUAAAAAUACAAAAAAGAAAUAAAAGGGCAAAACCGUCUUUUUAAUUUUUUUUUUGGAUCAAAACCAAAGAAAAAUCUUGAUUUUGGACCAUCCAUGCAAGUUGAAAACCUUUUGGAUCUUAUCCAAAGCUUUUUGAAUACCACAAGGACUAAUUUUGCAGUUUUGUCAAAAUGUUACUUCGAAACUAUCUAAUUUACAACCA